AUGACGUGCGGUGCCGGUGACGGCGGCGUCGUCGUCUCCGCCUCAUCCAUCACCACGGUUGCAAGCACCGGAUCCCACAUGCUCAAGAUCAAUGGCUACUCGGCGGCGAAGCAGCUGCUGAUCACUGGUUCGCAUGCCAAGUCGUGCGAGUUCGAGGCAGCUGGUCAUACCUGGUGCAUCUUCUACUACCCCAACGGCACCGAACGUAAAGCCGCCGACUACAUCUCCUUCUUCCUCAGGCUCGCUCGGAACGUCGACGGCGUCGUCAACGCCAGGGUCCGGAGGAAGGAGCUGGAGAAGUCGUCGGAGUAUCUGGUGGAUGACUGCUUCGCCGUCCGGUGCGACAUCGACGUCCUGCAGACGUCGGCGGAGUCGUCGGAUGUCACCGUGGAGGUGGAGCUGAGGCGCACGACCUGUUCAGGCUCAGCCUGCUGCCAUAACUGA